UGUAGUUAGUCUGUAAAAGCAUCGGUAGUGCUGUACUUAAUUCGGUCGUAAGAUUUUCGUGAUUUCUUGAGCGUCAAUAAUAUCGUGCCUCGGUAUAAUUCGGCAAAAAUCGGGUUAAGUCGAUUUUGCGCGAAAUUCUAUUCUAAUCGUUGAAUUUUAAAAAAACUCCCAUAUUAACUAACCUCAACAAAUAUGGGUUUACUGUCCGAGGGAAGUCCUUUAAGCUGGGAAGAAACGAAAAAUCUUGCUGACCAUGUGCGAAAACACGGAGUCAUUCAAUUUAUUAAUCUAUAUAAAAGGCUUAGAGAUAGACAGGGUGAUGUACUCAAAUGGGGUGACGAGGUGGAAUAUAUGCUUGUUAAAUUUGAUGAUGAAGCAAAAACAGCAAAGCUUAGUUUAAGAGCCGUGGAAAUAUUAAAAACUCUAAAUGAAAAGGAACAUAACGAUCCAGAUAACAUUAAAUCAUUAUGGAGACCUGAAUAUGGUGCUUACAUGCUAGAAGGAACGCCAGGAAAACCAUACGGCGGUCUGUUAGUUCAUUUUAAUAUCGUUGAAGCAAAUAUGAAGUACCGGAGACAAGAAGCUUCAAAAUUACUUCGACCUAAUGAAGUUUUAAUGUCCUUAACUAAUUUUCCAAGAACAGGGGCACCUGAUUUCACAGAUCCUCCCACAAAACCAGCACCAGAUUCUGGAGCAUCGAAAAGCUUAUUUUUCCCAGAUGAAGUUAUAUAUCCGGGUCAUCCAAGAUUUAAAACAUUAACAAGAAACAUUAGAAAACGUCGUGGAGAGAAAGUUGCUAUAAACAUUCCUAUUUAUAAAGAUAAAAAUGUUCCGACUCCGUUUAAAGAGGAUUUUGGUCGAACAGUUAAAGACGAAUCUAGUUAUGCAGCAAAAGAAGAUCACGUUUACAUGGAUGCUAUGGGUUUUGGAAUGGGCUGUUGUUGUUUACAGCUUACUUUUCAAGCUUGUAACAUCGAAGAAGCAAGAACAUUAUACGACCAAUUAACGCCUUUAUGCCCGAUAAUGUUGGCUCUAACCGCCGCCAGCCCGUUCUACCGAGGGUAUGUGAGCGACGUUGAUUGUCGGUGGAAUGUGAUAUCUUGUUCCGUUGACUGCAGAACACAAGAAGAACGUGGUUUAAAGCCUUUAAAGGAAAACAAAUUCAGAAUAAGUAAAUCUAGAUACGAUUCCAUCGAUUCGUAUCUCAGCGAACAAGGAGAAAAGUACAACGAUGUUCCUUUAACAUACGAUAAUGAAAUUUACAAACAGCUAAUGGAUAAUGGAAUUGAUAAAUUACUCGCGCAACACAUAGCUCAUUUAUUUAUCAGAGAUACCGUGUCCCUUUUUUCUGAAAAGGUGUACCAAAAUGAUUCAGAAGAUACCGAUCACUUCGAAAACAUCCAAUCAACUAAUUGGCAAACGAUGAGAUUUAAACCACCACCGCCAAAUUCUUCUAUAGGAUGGCGCGUUGAAUUUCGUCCAUGCGAAGUUCAAAUUACGGACUUUGAAAAUGCAGCGAUAGUUUGUUUCGUCGUCCUUCUUACCCGAGUAAUUUUAAGCUAUAAAUUAAAUCUUCUAAUACCAAUUAGUAAGGUCGAUAAAAAUAUGGCUCGGGCUCAAAAACGGAAUGCGGUUAUAGCAGAGAAAUUUUGGUUCCGCCGAGAUAUUACGUCGGAUGUUAAACAGCAAGACGAUGGUCAAGCGGAAUAUACAGAAUUUACCAUUAACGAAAUUAUUAACGGCAAGGAUGGUGUUUUUCCCGGUUUAAUACCGUUAGUAAAUUCGUAUUUAGCUAGCAUGGAUGUGGAUGCUGACACUCACUGCACUGUACAAGCAUAUAUGAAAUUGAUACAAAAAAGAGCUUCUGGAGAAUUAUUGACAACUGCAGCAUGGUUAAGGAAAGAAGUUUUUUCACAUCCGGAAUAUAAAAAUGACUCUGUCGUAACGGAACGGAUCAAUUACGAUUUACUGAAAAAGGUGCAAAAAAUUGUAUCAAAUGAAAUAUCAUGUCCAGAAUUGCUAGGGACGUGUAUAUCAUCUAGAACCAAUGAAACUAUACCAGCAGCAGUCGCAAAAGCGGAAAACCUCCCUAUAUAGAUAAUAAACGGCAAUACGCUUAAAUAGAUCGCAAACAAUUUAGAUAAGAUUUUAAUUUAUUUUAGUACAUUUCAAAUGUUAUUGUACAUAUUUACCACUUAAAGUAAAAUGUGUUUGCACUUAAUGAUUUAAUAAUUUUAUAAAUAGUUACAUUCCAUAAAAUAGUUUUAUUUUUAAUGUAUUAAAUUAUGAAGGAACAUGUAUUUUGUACUUGGAUCCUAAAGAAAUGUAUGAAAAUAAACCAACUUGAGAAGUUGAACAAAGAAUUUAAAUAGCUUAAAAAGAA